CCAUGGCUCUAUCAUGGAGGUCCAUCAAAACCCAUCUAACGGGAGUUUCAGCACCUUCUUACCAUCCACUUCGCCCCGAUGGCCUCGAGGCUACAGAAGAUCAGGCCACUCAACAGGAAGCAGGGAUUGAGAAACGCUAUGCAUAUAGUUUACGGACCUUUCGCCUCAGCAUAUGCUUCUUUGUGGCCUCAAUAAUCCUGUACGCGGCCAUGUUAGUUAUUCCGCUAUCGGAUACUUAUUGUGAGCGCAAGAUGUGGGCAUGGAGCCCUAUACUUGGGGUAUCACAGUACCAAUGGCACCAAGUGGACUCCGACAUCUUACCAGAUUCUCUGUAUGGAGGUCCUCCCACAGCUGAGCGACGGGAUGCGUGGGAACACAUCGUAGAAGAUGGCUUUGUGGGCUUCCCUCGCGACCGAAUGCUUGCCAUUCGUAAGUCCAUAGAUGAGGACUGGUGGUCUCUACCCCCACCUCAUGAAGACCAGGUCAUCGCCGCUCCAGAAUAUUACCACCAACUGCACUGUGUCCGGUUACUGUGGAUGUUUGCUUUCCGUGAUCAAUGGGAUUAUACGGAGGGUGGAAAUAGAUCCUCACUUCGUUACGCAGUGCAUACCAAACACUGCUAUCUAGCGUUGAAGAGAAUGCUCGAAUGCCAGGCCGAUAUCACACCCGUACUUUUCAAAGAACAAGGCGAUGAGUCCGGGGUUUGGGAGACUCGAAAUGCCCCUCACAAGUGCAAGGAUUUUCCCACCCUUCUCCAAUGGCAGGCAGAUCACACUGUCUGUGAACGCCCAUGCAUGUACAGCUAGCUAGCCAGUAAUCAGUGGACCUGUCAUCGUCUGAGUUGUCAAAUAACCGGUGUGCUUACCUGACCGAAGUGAUUG